CAUUCAUUUCAAUCAAUCAACCGCGCCGCAAGAAAGCUGUCGUGUCGUGUUUGUAUUUAUUUUACAAAAAAUCCGAUAGCUCGUGAUAUCGCAUCGCUUCAUAUUUAUUUAGUAAAGUGUUCAAUAGCGCGCUGUGUGAAGUUUAUCUAAUGUUUUAAUUAAUAACCAGUAAACCAGGAGUGUAUGAAACAUGGGUGCUCGCGUAUCCAGAACCGAUUUUGAGUGGGUUUACACUGAGGAGCCUCAUGCGAGUCGCCGGAAAAUAAUCCUAGAAAAAUAUCCUCAAAUCAAGAAGCUGUUUGGCUACGAUCCGAACUUCAAAUGGGUGGUAACACUGAUGGUACUAGUCCAGAUCAUCUCCCUACCCUUUGUGGUACAGCUCAGCUGGCCUCUGAUGCUGGUGGUAGCCUACUGCUUCGGUGGAGUCAUCAACCAUUCUCUCAUGUUGGCAAUCCAUGAAAUAGCACACAAUCUGGCGUUCGGCCAUAAUAGGCCACUAGCGAACAAACUGUUCGGGUUCUUCGCCAACCUGCCCAUAGGACUACCCGUGUCUAUCAGCUUCAAGAAAUAUCAUUUGGAACAUCAUAGGUACCAAGGCGAUGAAGUGAUAGACACGGACCUCCCGACGUUACUCGAAGCCAAGCUGUUCUGUACCACCGGCGGCAAGCUGCUCUGGCUGUUCCUGCAGCCGCUGUUCUACAGCUUCCGACCCCUAAUCGUGCGGCCCAAGAACCCGACGCCGAUGGAACUCAUCAACCUGGUGAUACAGCUGUUCUUCGAUGCAGUUAUUAUUAAACUUUGGGGUGGGAAGGCGCUCGGCUACCUACUGCUUGGCUCUGUAAUGGCGAUGGGAGUUCAUCCUGUAGCCGGCCACUUUGUAGCCGAGCACUACAUGUUCAAGAAAGGGUACGAGACCUACUCGUACUACGGACCUCUAAACUGGAUCACGUUCAACGUGGGCUACCACAACGAGCAUCACGACUUCCCGGCGGUGCCCGGCAGUAAACUACCUGAGGUACGCCGCAUCGCGCCGGAGUUCUACGACACGUUGCCCCACCACGAUAGUUGGUCCAAGGUACUUUACGACUUCGUUAUGGACCCCGACAUCGGACCCUACGCGAGAAUCAAACGUAAGCACCACGGACUUGACAGUUAAGUUGGUAGCACCGUACCUGUCUGUACCUAUGUUGUUGUUUUUCUAAUGUUGGUAGAACGCUUGCGAUGUUUUUGUAGGACAACGCCAUCUAGCGCUGGGUGUUUGUGACUAAAAUUUUAAUUUAUUCUUUAUAUAGAUUAUGAUGUACUUUUACAUGUCGUUUUUUUCUAAGUAAACUAAACAAGUCUUGUUUAGUACAGUAUCCUUAGUACGAGUUUGCUUUAUGUUUAAUGGAAUCGAACGAGAGUGCAUUCGGUGCUCUGAUUGGUCGGCUCAAAUGAACCAACCAAUCAGAGCAACGAACGCGCCUAGUUUCAGUAUCGUAAAAGCAAACUCGUACUAAGGUACAGAGGGUUUAACGAGUUCGUAACAAGAUCGCGUGUGGCGUUCUGAUUCGUUCAUUGGCGCAGGCCAAUCACAGCGCCGAAAGUGAACUCGUUUCAAUCUCAUUAAACGUAAAACUAAAUCAUACUAAGCCCUCUGAUUACUUCAUUUCGCUGUUAUGCCACAAAAUAAUAUUAAUUAAAAAACAACCAAUUUUUUUUUUAAAGGCAACUAAUUUAUUCCACUCCAUACCUAGUUAAAAACAACGCAAGCGCCGCCUACAAACUUGGAACCAUUGAUUUGUAAAACCAUAUUAGUUUAUUUUUUUACACAAUAGUAAAUUAUGGAUUUGAUUAGUAGCUACGAUGUAACUUAUGUAUGUAUUAUUUUAAUUGUAAGUUUAAUUUGUUUUACCGUCGUACUCAGAGUCAUUUAAGUCUUUGACUGCCAAUAGAAACUGUUGAAGGCAAAUCCUCCGUUCUGCGUUAAUGGUUACUUAACCCAGUCUCAACAAUAGUUUACGAUCAAAAAUCGUUACUAAAGAAUAGUUUAAGUAAUCAUUAAAUGCCUCUGAGUGCGGCAGU